UUUCCAGGUCAUUUAGAACAUGGAGUGUGGAGCAGGAAGGCACUGGGCUGAGGAGGAGGUUAAAGCUUUGUUAACGGUUUGGUCAGAGAAGAGAGUUCAGAACUACCUUAAUGGGGCAACAAGGAAUAAAGCAAUGUUCAUAUACAUUUCAAACAGACUGCCAGAGUUUGGAGUUUUCCGGGACUGGAAACAGUGUCGAGCAAAAUAUAAAAACCUGAAGUACGAAUACCGAACUGUCAAAUCUGCACAUAACUCUGGAGACUUUGGGAAAUCCAUGAAGUUUUUCCAAGAAUUAGAUGCCAUUUUGGCCUCGGAAAUUGAGCCACAGCUGGGAGAAGAUGAGGAUGCAUCAUACUCAAAAGCAUUUACCAAAAACUGUGAGGAAGAAACUGAAACCAGUUCCAUUCCAUACAUGCUCAAUGCAGGAGAGAUCUGUGUAGCCUUAGAAGAUGAUGACAUCAGCACAACUUCAGAUGAUCUGACAAUUUCACCAAUGAAGACCAAAACAAAAGUCUCUGAACAAGGCAACCAAAAGCUAAUGCAAGAACAUGCAAAGCUGUCUUUCAUUCCUUGUGUGGCCAUAGAGGGUGGAAAGCACUGGACAGAUGAUGAAGUCCGAGCACUGCUGCACAUCUGGUCAGACAGCAACAUCCAGACCCAGCUUGAAGGGGCAGUGAGGAACAAGAGCAUAUUCGAAGAGAUCGCCAACAAGCUGCAGAAGUUUGGGAUAGACCGAGACUGGAAGCAGUGCCGGACCAAGUACAAGAAUCUCAAAUAUGAAUACAAGACUGUCAGAAGUGCUCAAGGUUCUGGAAACACUUGUAAAAGCAUGAAGUUUUUCAACGAACUAGAUGCCAUCCUGCAGUGCAGAACUGCCAAACAAUCAGACAAAAAAUAUGAACAAGAGGACAUCAGUGAAGAGGAAACUCAUCAAGGAUUAGAGGAGGAAGAUUCAUAUUGUAUAGCCUCAAAGGAUCCAGUGAUUACACAUAUUAAAAAGGAGCCCCCGGAUAUAGAGGAAGACUGUGUUAGUGCCACCUCUGAAGACCCUGCAACACCGAGUCUGUGGAAGAGGAGAAAAGAGACAGGUGAGCAUAUACAAUCGGAUAAGGCUCCAAAUCAGUUCAGAGUCAUCACAGUCAAUGACACAGGAAUUGGAAGGCACUGGAGCGACGAUGAGGUCAGCGCACUCAUUUUGAUUUGGUCUGAUGAAAACAUCCGACAGCAACUUGAAGGAGCAACUAGAAACAAGGAAAUAUUCGAGCAGAUUUCCAGGAGGUUGAUGAAGAUGGGGAUUGACCGGGACUGGAAGCAGUGUCGGACAAAGUACAAAAACCUGAAGUACGAAUACAGAACACUACAAAGGCGCAAUAGCCAGCUCUGCAACCCCAAAAGAGUAAUGAGAUUUUAUGAUGAAGUGGAUGCCAUCUUGAAAAGAUCGAAUGCUCUUCAGCAACAAAAAAGAGCUGAAGAACACUGCCAAGCUCCAGAUCUGAACAGAAAUAACAGGGAAGAAAAAGAUUCAAGAGCACAGAAUAGUGCAGAUGAAGACUCAAGCAGCACAGCAGAAGAUUUUUUAACUGCAGGAACAAAGAGGAAAGCAAGUGAAGUAGGUUCUCCAGUAUCUGCCAAAAAAAGAAAUGGCACUACCACUUUUAAAAGCCACAUAACAACAUUUGAAACAGUGACCACAUAUGGAAAUCAACCUGAAGAAGGUCACUGCAAACGAGAGGAAGACCACCAGUGUAUUACAAUAAUGCACAUUUCCUCUGAAACUUCAUGUCAGCAUCCACAAAUACAGGUACACGAACUGUCCUCCGAAAUGGCUGCAGAAUUGAAACUUGGAAAAAAGCUGAACGAGGGCAAGACAAAAGAGAUCUAUGAACUCCUUGACCGCCCAGGUCAUGUGCUGGUGCAGUCCAAGGAUCAGAUCACAGCAGGCAAUACAGUGAGGCGGGACCAGAUGGAAGGGAAAGCAGCCAUCUCCAAUAAGACGACAGGCUGUGUCUUCAAACUGCUGCAAGAAGCUGGAAUCAAGACUGCUUUUGUUGAACAACACUCCACUACGGCCUUUGUGGCUGCACAGUGUGAAAUGAUCCCAAUUGAAUGGGUGUGUAGAAGAAUCGCCACUGGAUCUUUCCUGAAGAGGAACCCUGGUGUAAAGGAAGGAUACAGGUUUAGUCCUCUGAAGUUGGAGAUGUUCUUCAAGGAUGAUGCGAACAAUGACCCGCAGUGGUCUGAAGAGCAGCUGAUUGAGGCCAAGUUCUGCUUUGCAGGUUUGAACAUCGGGCAAUGUGAAAUCGAUGUGAUGAACCGAGCCACAGUGGCAAUUUUUGAGAUCCUGGAGAAAGCCUGGUCUACUCAGGACUGCACUUUGGUAGACAUGAAAAUUGAGUUUGGUGUGAAUGUAACAACCAAAGAGAUUAUUCUUGCUGAUGUUAUUGACAAUGAUUCCUGGAGGCUGUGGCCUUCUGGUGAUCGGAGCCAGCAGAAAGACAAGCAGGUGUACCGCGAUCUUAAAGAAGUCACUCCUGAAGCGCUGCAGGUGGUUAAGAGACACUUUGAAUGGGUGGCAGAAAGAGUCCAGUUGCUGCUGGAAUCAAAGAACAGUUGUAGAGUGGUGGUGCUCAUGGGAUCCAUCUCCGAUAUUGGCCACUGUGAAAAGAUCAAGAAGGCCUGUCUCUCCUACGGCAUCCCUUGUGUCCUGAGAGUCACCUCUGCUCACAAAGGGCCAGAUGAAACUUUAAGAAUCAAAGCAGAGUAUGAAGGUGAUGGUGUGCCGACUGUCUUUGUAGCAGUGGCUGGCAGAAGCAAUGGGCUGGGCCCAGUCAUGUCGGGAAACACUGCAUACCCUGUUAUCAACUGCCCUCCAAUUACUGCAGACUGGGGUGCACAGGACAUCUGGUCAUCUCUGAGAAUGCCGAGUGGUUUGGGGUGUACAACUGUCCUUUCACCUGAUGCUGCUGCCCAGUUUGCAGCACAGAUUUUUGGCCUGAAUAACCACCUGGUCUGGGUUAAGCUGCGGGCCUCCAUGUUAAACACAUGGAUCUCUCUGAAACUGGCUGACAAGAAACUGCAAGAAUGCACUCUGUAGGAAAUGAUAUUGUAAAAGCAAAUGUGCUACUUUUUGUACAAUUUGUGCUGACAGAAGCCCUGGUGAAAGCACUACAAGUAAUUCCAAAUAAAUAAUGGAAUUGGUUGUUUUCAUUCCA